CGGCUCACACCGGCGCGCUCCGGGGCUUCAUCGCACCGCGCGUUCGUCUCGUGACCUUCACGGACUCGCUUCGCGCGUCCUCGAACACUAUCGCCCGACCGGUCUCGCUGAGAGCCAGUCGCACGCGUUUCUUCGCUCGGGAGGAAAAAAAAAAGCAUGAACGUUAGGGUUGCCCUCCUCGUCGCGUGCCUCGCGGCGUGCGUCACCGGGGCGCAAGCGGCCGAUGCCGAUGCGAUCGCGCCCUUCUUUGGUUUCAUGGGCGCGAUGUCUUCGAUCGUCUUCUCAUGCUUCGGCGCCGCGUACGGCACCGCCAAGUCCGGCGUCGGCAUCGCCUCCAUGGGCGUGAUGCGCCCCGAACUGGUGAUGAAGUCCAUCGUCCCCGUGGUCAUGGCCGGCGUGUUGGGCAUCUACGGGCUCAUCGUCUCCGUGAUCAUCGCGACCAACAUCCACCCCACGGGCUACACCCUGUUCCAGGGCUACGCGCACCUCGGCUCCGGAUUAACGACCGGCCUCGCGGGUCUCGCCGCGGGCAUGGCAAUCGGGAUCAUCGGCGACGCCGGCGUGCGCGCCAACGCGCAGCAGCCCAAGCUGUUCACCGGCAUGCUCCUCAUGCUCAUCUUCGCCGAGGCGCUCGCGCUGUACGGCCUCAUCGUCGGCAUCAUCUUGUCCUCCGCGGGCUCCUCCGCGGGUUCGGAGUAGACGGCGACGGCGUCGUGGACGGGGGUGGGAGGGAGUGAGCGCGCGCGCGACGUGACUACGAUCUUGUGAUGUACAAUUUAGGCGAUACGUGU